UGCUAUGUUUUCAACUAGCAAAUUGCAAUGGGUUUCUAACCCGUAGCUGACGUAUUUUAUAUUUGUAUGGAUUAGAAAUUGUACAGAUUUUUAGUGAUAAGUGUACCAUCCGUGUUUAUUUUUAUCUUAUAUUAUUUAUUUCUGUUCAUGAUUAAGAAAUAAUGUCCUUCGAGUACUUGCCUGUAGCUGAAGACGAAAAUGAAGAACCCAUAGAACUUCCAGUUGAAGAAGAUGGGACUUUGAUGUUAACAACUGUGUCUGCGCAAUUUCCCGGCUGCUGUGGUUUAAAAUAUCGACAUCCUGAAUCGAAAACAUUCAGGGGCAUUAGAUUAAGAGACGGAAGGCUUUAUCCACCUCCGGAAGGAUGGGGUAACCACUUAUACAUUUGCAGCUUUCCUAAGGAAAAUAAAAGAAAAUCAGGGGAAACCUCUGAGAAUUCAUUAAUAAAAAAUAAACGAAAUGACAAUUUAUGCUCCGACUUAAUUGUGUUAGGAUUACCAUGGAAGGCCACGGAGCAAACUGUGCGAGAGUAUUUUGAGAAAUUCGGAGAGGUGUUAAUGGCACAAUUAAAGCGUGAUCCAAAAACUGGUAUGUCUAAAGGAUUCGCGUUUAUUCGGUUUUCUUCGUACACAUCACAAAUGAGAGUGUUGUCACAGAGACACAUGAUUGAUGGUCGUUGGUGUGAUGUACGGAUACCUAACUCUAAAGAAGGUUCAGUGACAUCGAUGCCUUGUAAGGUAUUUGUGGGUAGGUGCACAGAAGAUUUAUCAGCAAAUGACCUAAGAGAGUACUUUUCGCAAUUUGGAGAAGUAACAGAUGUUUUUAUCCCAAAACCAUUUAGAGCAUUCAGUUUUAUAACAUUUUUGGAUCCGGAAGUUGCACAAAGUUUAUGUGGUCAAGAUCAUAUUAUAAAAGGUGUGUCAGUGAAUGUUUCAAAUGCUUCACCUAAACAAAAUAAGAUUAGUUCUAAUCAACGAAACUUACCAAGUAGAAACUAUGAAGAAACUCAUCCACACAAUGCUUCUAACAAUAACUCUUGGAGCAAUCGUAACAUGGAUAUGGUGAAUAUGCAGGCAUUGGGUAUAUCAGGUCAGCAUGGGCAAACUGCAGUGGCUGCAGGUGGAGGACAAGGGCAAGGUGGAAGCAUGCCACUGGGUAUGGGGGGAUUGCCUGUUAAUCAGGCAUUGGUAGCAGCAGCAUUGAAUCAAGCAGCAGGGUGGGGUCUCAUUAAUAAUAUUCCCUCAGGGGGUUCUGAACAAGGUGCCUUUGCAGGACCAGCAUCAUCUGCCCCUCCAGCUCCACCCAACUUUUUGUCAUGGAUGCAACAAGGUAAUUCGGCACAGGGACCUUCUAGUCAGUGGGGACAAAGGCACCAAUCCCAAGGCCACUCUGUUUGAUCCAGUGAUUUAAUAAGCUCACAAUAAUCUCUGUGAUUGUAGCAAAAAAUUAGAUAAUAUAAAUUGAAAUUAUCUAUGACACAUAUGGGUUGUUUUUUGGUGUAGAGUGGUUUGCUACUGGUGUUAUAUAUUUUAAUUUAUUAUGAAAUGCUUGUUUUGUUGUUUUUCUUGAAUCAUUUUUAGAAUAAUAGUUUUUGAUCACAUUUAAAUAGUAAUUUAUACAACUCAUCCUUCAAUUAUUAUUGGUGUGCUAACUUAAAAUAACAUUACACUUUUAAUGCUACUAUCUUAUGCAAUUUGGAAUCAGUAUAAAAUUUAUUCAACAGUUUCAAUUUUAAAAAUGAUUCAUUGUAUCUUUAUCAUAUAAAAAAUGCACAAGCUUGUAAAAUUUAUCAACUAGAUAAAUUUAAAGGAAACAGCAAGUGCUGAACAAAAUUUUUACAAAAUAUAUAUUCAGAAACGGUAUUAUUAUAUCAAGAGACAUUGUUUGAUUGUUGCAGUUAUCAAUUUUUAUCAACUAUUAAUUUAUUACUCUUAUACUCAAUAUUCACCCAACUAAAUACAUUUUAAUUUCUCUAACAUUGUACUACUAUAAUUUUAAGACAAGUUCUUCAAUGUUUGCUUCAUCUCUUUGUUUAAGAAUAUAAUAUAUUAUAAUGUUUUGAUUUAUUUACAAGAUGUGUAUGAGGAUUGAAGCUUGUUUUGUUUUUUGUGUUGUCAUAUUUAUUAACGAUGAGAUAAAUUAACAUCCUAGAGAAAUGUAACUGUACCUAUGAUAGAUUAAGAGUACUAUGCUUUUGUACAUUACUAGGUAUAUGUUUUCCAACAGACUGUUGAACGUUCAUACUUGUGUAUAGUAAAAGAUAGAGAUUCUAUUGAUUGUUAUCAUUGUUUAACAAAAUAAAUAAUGUUGAUUAUUAUAUAUUUAUUCUAUGUUUCCUCUGGACAUGUGGCUUAAAUUUGAAGAUAAGUAUAUAUUUUUUGGACGAAAUACAUGGCAAGAAUAUUUUUGUGACAAUGCUAUAUUAUGGAAUUGUUUAUUGAAUGGGUACCUAGCUGUAGUUGUAAGAAACAUGGCAUAAGUGAGACAGUGAAUUCUAGUGUGUCUAAGAGACAAAGCUGUUUGUACAAAAUUCAAGACUGUAAAUAAAAUAAAGGUCAGAUACAAUGUAUAGAUAUGUUUAAAAUAAAUAAUUAUAAUAGAACAUUUAUAAUGGCAAUAGAAGAUAUUUAGUAGCAUAGGAUGUUUAGCAGAUGAGAUACAAAUGUCUUGCAAAUAUGUUUGAAUUAUUUUAUAUAAAUAAGCAGUAUGGAUGACAUUUACAAGUUAUGAAAACAGAUCCCAAUUUGAGAGUGGAAAAAGUUUGUUUACAAAAUUAGUUCGAAUUUACAAUAUAUGCAAAUUAAUUCUUAAAAUAAUUCUUGUAUUGCCUUGAUAAAAAUGCUAGGUUUUCUUUGAGCAGUUUUAUGGUUUACUUAAAAUGUAUUUUUGAUUCAUGACUAGCACUGAUAUUAUACAUUGAAAAUUUUAUAAUCAUUAUAAAUAAGAAUUUAUGAGACUAUAGUACAGUUUUAGAACGAGAAAUUAUAUUACAUAUUGUAGUAUGAAUUAUAUAUCCGAAAUCUGAUGAACCUAAAGUGAUACAACUAUUAAAAUAUAUCAACACAAUAGCGCAAUAAAUAUACCUUAUGGCAAGAUAAUCAGUAAAUGCUUUUAUGUUUUAUAUCAAGUAAUGAGACAUAUGAUACAAACAACAUUAAUAAAUUAUAUAAAAUAAGAAAAGGAUUUGUGUCAUCAGUACCGUUAAUUUAUAGACACAGUAAACAGUUACAUUAUUGUCGUUUUAAGCUUAUGAACGCAGUGUUUUUGUCAUGGGGUUAGUUGUUAAUUAUUACCACUUCCAAUAAUGUAAAGGUAUAGGGGUACCUGUUCAUUAUAUAAAAAUAAUUAUGUGCUAUAAUAUUAUAUUUUGUUACUGUAAUUAAUAAAGAAUGAUUUGAAUAAUUGUUUUCAUUGUAUAGUUUUCGCUUGGUUUUUGUUUGUUUAUUAACUUACU